AUGGUCUGGCCAGCGGGGCGACGCGGGAGGAGCUGGUCAAGCGACUCAUCGUGGCACUGUCGGGCAACACGCACAAGCGCCCCGCGGCCAGCCUGUCUGGCGCGACGGACGCCGCCAACGGCACGGGGACGGCUGUGGCGGGGGGUGCCGGCGGGGCAGGCACGAAGUCAGGGGCCUUGCUGGUUUACCGCGAGCUGGCCAGCAUGGCGGCCGCCCUGUCCGAGCCGGAGCUUCUGUAUCACUUCAUGGAGCUGGCCCUGCAGACCAGUGCCACGACGAGCGGCCCCGGCAGGCCCACGCCGACGGUGA